AUGGCUCUUCGUGCAAUCACGACCUUGGCGCUUGCUCUGGCCGCUAUGGUCUCACCAGCCUCUUCAACGCCAAUUGAGCAGAAACGCUUGGGGAGUGAGCCGACCGAAUGGCAGUCUGUUGGCUUGAAGCAUUACCCCGGGUAUUCAGUACGUAUUCGGGAGCAGUCUUCCAGCCUCUGUGACACUGAGUCGAAGCAAUACACCGGAUGGCUGGAGGCCAAAGGGAAACACCUUUUCUUUUGGUAUGUUGAGAGUCUUUCCGACCCUCAGAAUGACCCCCUCAAUCUAUGGAUGACGGGCGGUCCGGGAUGCAGUGGGCUUAUUGGCAUGAUGAUGGAGCUUGGCCCUUGCCUGAUCAACGAAGACGGAUCCGGGACAAGGCGAAACCCUUUCUCUUGGACCGCCAAUGCAUCCAUGAUCUUCAUCGACCAGCCAGCUGGAACCGGCUUCUCUUAUGUCGACGAGGGUGUUGAAAUGCCCUCAGACUCCUUCACUGCCGCUGAGGAUGUUCACAUCUUCCUUCAAAUCUUCUACAGUGCUUUCCCGCACCUGAGCUCGCUGCCUUUCCACAUCUCGGGUGAGAGCUAUGGCGGGCAUUACGUCCCAACUGUUGCCGCAGAGAUUGUGCGUUACAACAAACUCGACCCUGGCUUGAGGGCUGGACUCAAAAUCCCCUUGAAGAGCGUUAUGAUCGGGGAUGGAUUCGUUUCACCGUUGGAUACUACCUACGGAUACUACGACACCCUCUGCACGACUAAGCCAGGCGUUGAUACGCCUAUUUUCAACGAAACGCGAUGCACACAGAUUCGUGAAGCCCUUCCUCGAUGUGUAUCUCUUCACGAAUCCUGUUACCAAAAUCCUGAUCCAAUUCUCUGCCACGCCGCAGACUCUUUCUGCAGCGGCCAGAUCCGAGCCUUGUUUGACAACGAGACCGGAGAGGGAGGCCGUGAUCCAUUCGAUAUCACGCGGACUUGCGAAGUAGACCAACUCUGUUACACUGGGGUCCUCAGAAUUCAAGACUAUGUGAACGAGCCCUCAAUUCGCGACGUUCUCGGCGUCCCCAAGCAAGUUGGCAACUUUACUGUCCUGAACGAGGAGAUUCAGGACCUCUUUGGCCAGGGAAAUGACCUCUACGUCAAUACAGCUCGAGAAAUCCUCUUCCUGCUCGAAAACGAGGUCGACGUGCUCAUCUACAACGGCAACUUGGAUUUGGCAUGCAACACGGCCGGGAAUCUGCGCUGGACUGAGCGAGUGGCUUGGGCUGGCCAAGCCGACUUUGUGUCGCAGGAUAUGCGGGUUUGGCACGCACCAAAGGAUGGGAAGACGAUUGAGGCGGGGACAAUGAAGGAGGUUGCCGUCAAGGCUAACUCGCAGAUUAGCACUACAUCCCUUCUGCUAAACACUGUCGUUUACCUUCUCCUUAAGCACAAUAUGGGCUCUCUCCCAACGCCCUCGCCCGAAACGGUAGCCACUGACAAGCCCACGAUUGUCUAUCUUGGAAACCUUCUACCUGCUGCAGCCAAAGUCGCAGCCUCCUUGGCAUCUCGCUUCAACAUUAUUCCCUACACGCCUUCCUCUCAGGAGGAUUUCUACAAAGAUCUCGAAUCUCCAACAUCCCCCCUCGCCCAUGCAUCCGCUAUUCUUCGUCUUGGAGGUGAAAGCACAACUGAUCUUCCCAACGGUUGGACAAUCGGAGUGGGACGUUGGACACCAACCUUGCCCAAAAGUUUGACUCUUCUCAUCAACUUAGGUCAUGGGUUGGAGUCAGAAGACAUCGCCGGCAACGCUGCUCGUGGCAUCACUGUCCGCAGCACGGCGGGAGGUACCGAUGCUACCGCAACAGUAGCAUUGUACCUCGUUAUUUCAGCAUUUCGCUUGCUUGGUGCGGCAGAGAAGGCGGCUCGAACGGGUGACCCAAAAGCCUUCGUUGGAGCCAUGACUAGGGCUUCCAAGAAUAGCGUCGAGCCCUCUGGGAAGAGUGUGGGGAUCAUCGGGUACGGCCGCAUAGGUAAACGCAUUGGACAGCUCCUCCACGCUCUUGGAAUGCAGGUCAACUAUUUCAGUCGAAGUCAACAUGACCACAAGGUUGAGACGAACAAAAUUGGUGUUGCGUGGAGCAACCUCGAUGAGAUGGUGUCUGCAGUCGAUUGCGUUGUGCUUUCGUGUCCAUAUUCGCGCGAGACACACCAUAUCCUCGAUAAGGACAGGAUCAAGCUCAUGAAGACAGGUGUCAGAGUCGUCAAUGUUGCUAGGGGAAAAUGCAUCGAUGAAGAAGCGUUGAUAUGGGGCAUCGAGAACGGAGUUAUUGGUGGUGCCGGUCUGGAUGUCUAUGAAUUUGAGCCUCGCAUCAGCCAAAAGCUGCUGGACCAAGACUGUGUUGCGCUACUUCCUCAUGUUGCCGGGUUGUCAGUUGACUCAGCAGAGAACCAUAUGAAGCACGCACUUGAACAAGCGGCGGAGUUCUUAACAGAGAGGGCAAAGCGUCGUUAA